AUGAUUGUACGAGCGCUUCUGGCGGAAAUAGCCGAACCCAACAGCGGCCGUGGCGGAAGGCGGAAAUGCCCGAGCGCUGCCAAGAUGGAGGCGGCGGAGCCCUGCGGCCUGUGCCUGCGAGAGCGGGCCCCCUACACGUGCCCGCGCUGUAACGUGCGUUUCUGUUCGGUGCCCUGUUACCGGGGCCACGGGGCCUGCGCCGAGGCUUUCCACCGCCGGCAGCUGCUGCUCCGGCUCCAAGGCCAGCGGGGGGACCCGGCCUCGCGAACCCGCCUGAAAGAGGCGCUGCUCCGGCUGCGGGAGCUACACGAGCUCGAGGAUGCGGAGCCCCAGCUAGGCCGCGACCUGGAGGACCAGGACGACGGUCUGUGGGAGCGGCUCAGUCCGGCCGAGAAGGCCGCCUUCCAGCGCCUGCUGAGCAGCGGGGAGAUUGGAACCUUCCUGCCCCCCUGGAGGCCCUGGUGGCGGGGAUGGGGCCGGGGACUGGUCCAGGAACUGGGGGGUGCUGAGGGUGCCCAGGAAGCUGGGAAUACCCAGCCCCCUGCGGGCACCCAGAAGCCAGAGAAGAUGACCCCAGGUUCCGCACCCAGCCACCAGCCACCAGUACCCCAAGGUGCUUACCCCCCCACGGGCACCUGGCAGCCAGAGAGCUCAGGCAUGGCACCCACCCAGCAGCCUGAAGAAAUGCCAAGCCCAGUUCCUGCUGUGCCUGCAUCCAUCCCACUACUGGGCUCCCUGAUCUGCAGCCCAGCCUCACCCCUGGUGUGCUUCCAGCUGCCUAAUGUCUUCUAUGCCUAUGUCUUCGCCCUCACCCUCUACAAUGGGGACUUGAGUGAAGAUGAACUUCUGUCUGAGUUCUCUGACAUGGUCCUGGAUGUCUCCGGGGCACUGGGUGCCAGGCAGGUCUUCCACUCCACAGCAGAGGCGCUGCAGGCUGCCCUCCAGGCAGUGACAGCCAGCCGGUACCCUGAGUGCCCCCUGGGGAAUGCAGGUGCUAUGAUGGCAGUGGCCCAGAUCCUCAUGGGGGAGACUCAAGCCAAGCAGAAAGGCUUCAGCUUGGCAGCCCUCUCCCAUCUUGCCAGGCUGCUGGGCAAGGCCAAGAAACUGGUGCCAACAGAGGAGCGCCCCAGGGUGUAUGGUGCCAAGAAGAAAUGUGAAUUUUUGCUCUCCUGGGUCAAUGAAAACCAGGAAUCUUUGACUGUCCUGGCCCUAGAGGUACAAAGGGAAUAUAGAACCCAUUUGGAGGCAGUCAAAGAGGUGGAUGUAGUUACUAAAGAACUGCAGAAGAUGUGGGGUGGGAAACUGCCCCCUGCAAAAAAGCCAUUGAUUGAGGAGUUGGACUGAUGGCUGGAACUUUUCAAGUGGGGAAAAGUGAAUGAACCCUCUCUUGGUCAAUAGCCAUUUUGGAUAAAUCCACCACACCGAGUCUUGGCACAAAUCUUGAUCUGGUUUCUAGGGAGUUGACCUGUUGCAAUAAAAAGAGCAAGGCAGCUGGCUA